UGGGGAGAGAAAAGCCGGUGACCCCCCGAGCAGCUGAGUUCGCCUGAAGGGAAUUGGAGCAUAGAGCCCGGGAGUCCUGACCCCGCUGCCUUGCCUCCUGCAGGUCUGUAGGACGGUCCCGCGGGUGGUACUACGUGGAGACGAAGUGCCCAGAGUGGUUCCUUCCAGGUGUCUUCUUCCUGCCCCCACCAAAGCCUGAGCCUCACCUACGCCCACAGCUGCCCUGCAAGUUCAUCAUGCUGACGGAAGACAUGAAGUUCUGGCAUGGCUUAGUGAUCGCAGUGGUGUCCCUCAUUCUACAGACCUGCCUCUUCGCUGCCAUCAACUACCUGCUCAGCAGGCACAUGGCCAGCCAGAGUGAACGGAUCCUGAAAGGGGCCAGGCUCCAGGCCCCCUCGCCCAGCCCUGCGCAGCGUCAGCCUUGUGCUGCCACGGAGGAGACGCGAAGCGCUCCUGUGUCUGCGCCCCGUCACAGGCAUGACAGUGACACGUCCUCAGAUAACUCCAACAGCGCGGACGUCUCCGGCAGCUUGCCUCCCACCUGCCAGGCCACCAAGGACGUGAAUUACACACACGUGGUCUUUUCAGCCCCUGGAGGACUAAAAACUGAACCUGCCCUGCACUAUGAGAACAUAAAGGAAACCACAGACUAUGUCAAUGUCAAUCCAAAAAGCCACAGGCCCAAUUUCUGGACUUUUGUGAACCCUGCUAACUCUGAGUCGGUAGAAUACACUCAGGUGGCCAUGUGAAUUCUAGGGUUUUAAUGGGGUGCAGUUCUCUACAAAUUCUUGCACUUAUUUUGGAAGGGAAUGGCUUUUUGUUUUGUUUUGUUUUGUUUUGUUUUUUAAACAAGGCAUAGGAGAAUAAGUAGGCCUGUAUCUCAUUCAACAAGAAAGAUUCAGGUCAGCUGUCAAGUAGAACUUCCAGGAUGAGUAUGAAUGAGUGGAGAUGUCAGUAGAGAAAGCGGUAAUGUCUUUCUCCACAGAAAAUUGUGGAAAAAAAAAAUGUUUGAUCAGCUGUAGCAGAGUUCUGUUUGGUAACCUUACCGUUAAAAUGACUCUCCGGGCUUUUUAAUUUUUUGGCAAUAAACAACUUCCUUAAAAAUUUUAAAUGAAACGACAACUACCAAUUCCCCUUUUCCUUGUGCCUAACCCUGCACGCUGCCCCUUUUCAGAGCUACGUCUAGCUGAGCAAUCCCGCUCUGCCCUCAGCACUUUCAAUAGGCCACUUAGAAAGCCCGCCAUCAUCCAACCUUCGAAUUCCCUGUUUUUUAGGGAACAAAAGAUGACAGACAGAGUUCUGGGUAAACGCCAACUAGCAUCACAAUCUGGGAUUCCAGAGAAAAAUCUCCCCAAAUUCAAUCCAAUGGAAUGUAAUAUUCUUUUCUGGAUUGUUCUUUGUUUGUGUAAAGCCAAUUAGGAAUACAAGGGCACUUUCUUAGCUUGAUUAAGAAUAGCUUGUCUCAGGGGCGCCUCGGAGGCACAGAUGGUUAAGCAUCAGACUCUUCAUCUUGGCUCAGGGCAUGAUCUCACGGUUCGUGAGUUCGAGUCCCACA